AUGACGGACGGCAAGGACUUGGAGGCCGAGAUCCACCCGCUGAAGAGUGAGAACAGGAAGGUGCCAGAGAACACGGGGGGCCCGGCAGGAAAGGAGCCCCACGGGACGCCAGCCCCGCAGACCCGCCUCUCGCGCUGCCGCACCGCGGCCUUCUUCCUCUCCCUGUUCGCCUGCCUCCUUGUGGUGUUCGUGGUCUCCUUCAUCAUCCCGUGUCCAGACCGGCCGGCGUCGCAGGGGGUGUGGAGGAUCGAUUACAACGCGGCAGUCGCCUAUGACUUUCUGGCCACAGAAGAUGUGAACAAGGACAAGAUCCAGGAUAUUCUCUUUCUGUAUAAAAACACCAACAGCAGCCACAGCAAUUCCAGCCUCUCCUGUGCUGAUGAAGGCUUUUCCUGUCCCUGCACCUUCGUGGCCGCUGUGUCCGGGGCCAACGGCAGCAUCCUCUGGGAGAGGCCUGUGGCCCAGGACGGGGCCUUCGUGGAGUGUGGCGUCCUGCAGCCCAGGGGCAGCGCGGCGCCCUCUGCCUGCAUUGUCCUUGGCAGGCCCGGCCCUCUCGUCGCUGUGGACACACUCACAGGGAAGACCCUGUGGAGCCAGCCCAGCAGCUUCGGGGGAAAUGCAUCUGUCCUGAGCCCUCUGCUCCGCGUGCCCGACCUCGAUGCCGAUGGGGCCCCAGACCUGCUGGUCCUCGUCCAGGAGGAGAACCAGGUCAAUGGCUACAUCUACUCGGGUGGCACCGGGCAGCAGGUCAGCCCCCCGGACAGUCUGGGUGUGGACGGAACCAGUGGCUCCAUCCUCCACGUCACCAGGGCUGGGGCCCACUACGUCCUUGUCCCCUGCGGCACUGCCCUCUGCAGCCGCUCCGUGAAGGGCCUGUACGAGAAGGUCAGCGGGAGGGACAGCUCACUCAAGAGCGACCCCCUCUGGGAGGACAUGCUCAGCGCCACGUCGCACAGGCUGCUUGUGCACAGCUCAGGGGCCAUCCGCUACCUGAUGAACGUGCCGGGGAAGGUGGGCGAUGACCUGCUUCUCGUGAGUGCCGAGGCCUGCGUGCUGCUGGAUGGGCAGGAUCUGACGCCCAGGUGGACCUUCGGGACAACCCAGGUCCUGAGAAAACCCGUUCUUGGCCACUACAAACCCAACAACCCAGCAGUGCUUGUCGAGAACGGGACCGGCUCCGACAGACAGGUACUGCUCCUGGACCUCGGCUCCGGGGCCAUCCUGUGGAGCCAGGCCCUCCCCGGCCUCCCUGGGGACCCGCCGUCCGCCAGUCUUCCCACCGCAGACCACCGCUCCGCCUUUUUCUUCUGGGGUGUCCACAAGACAACUGGCUCCAACCAGACGGAGCCCGGAGCCACUGGGCACUGCCUGUACAUGCUCCACCCCACGCUGCCCGGUGUCCUGCUGGAGCUUGACAGCGUCUCUGCCCCCAUCGUCGCCUUCCAGGUGGUUCUGCUGGAGCUGGGCCGCCACGCUGCCUGCGUCCUCCUGACGGGCCCAGCCAGCCCCAACCCGCCCGGCCUGGUCUCCGUGACCAAACAAAAGGUGCAGGACCUCAUCCUGGGCGGCAGGGUGGUCCGCCUGGCCGAGGGUGGCCCCGAGAGCGACCAGGCUGUCCGGGACCGGCUCUCCCGUCUGCGGUACCGGAGCGAGGCCUAG